UAAAUUUUCGUCAAUUAAUAAUGUUCGGAGGAUUCGGAGGUUUCGGAGGACCACCCCCAGGUGCCCCAGGUAUGAAUGUCAACAUGACUACCACCACCCAACAAACUACUUCAACUUCGUCAGGAGGACAAGGUGAUCCAGGACAGAAGAGCAAGGAAAUGCAAGAUAGGUUCAAGCACAGAGAGGCAAAGCUGCCUACCUACAUCGCUCUUAUUGAUGUCCUUGAGCUUAAAGGAGAAAAUGUAGCUGCAAUGAGAGAAGCUUCUGAAGGAGCCAAAAUGACUUCAGAAGAUAUGGCCAAGGGCCAAGCAGUCUUUGAGAAGAUCACUGCUGCAGUGAUGAGCUUUGAUUUCGGAAAAGUCAUGCAAUAUAACGACGAGCUCAUGGAGCUUGAGAGAAUUGACAAUGAGAAAGAGAGACAGUUCAAGAAACUUGAAAUGCUCCUUAAAGGGUUUGAUAAGUAUGAAGAAAUCAGACAAGAAUUUGGCAUUGUAGUCACUACCACAACAACUCAGCAAGUUCCAUUAGUUUCUGCUACAAUAACUGGACCAACACCAGUUGUUGGAGUCACUUCCAACACACCUCUUGAAGCCAGAGUUGCGCAGCUGGAGACCAACUAUGCAAUUUUGAAGGCAGAAUUUGAAGCUUUUAAGACUCAGCAGACUCUUCAGAAUCAGACUUUCGACGCCAUUAUAAAAUCUCUCCAAGGAAUCCCAGUUACUACUACACACACAACCCAUAUGACUGCACCAACUACUACUACCUACCAAACCACUAGUGCUCCAGCCCCAGCUCCAGUCGGAGCUCCACCACCAAUGGGAGGAACUGCUACCCUUAGCGCAUCAGCAACUGAUGGCACAGCCACAGCUUCAGCAGGAGGCCUCAGCAUGCAGAUGAAGUUAGGAUAAAAGCUUUCAUAUUUGCGUUCAACUUAAAUUUCUC